GAGACCAUUCCAAGUCGAAUCUCCGUUGAGUUCAAACUGGAAUUUCACGUCUCUCUGAAGUCACGUCACGGCCCAACAUCUCCGAACAUAUAAAGCGCGUCUACGAAAAUGCCGCGUUCGCAUUUCACUCGAAGGCAUUGUCUAGCAAUGACGGGCGGAUUAGCUGCAUUGGCAUUGCUGGUGAUCUUGUGCAUUAGCACACAAUCAUCAACGGGCAAAAUAUACGACAUUAAAGAUCCCGCCACCGAUAAGUCAACACUGGAACUGUUGCAUGUGGUAUUCCGACAUGGGCCAAGAACACCGGCGGAUACAUAUCCCAAGGACCCUCAUGGAAAUGAGACCUUCUAUCCAUUUGGCUGGGGACAAAUAACAAAUAAUGGCAAACGCGAACUCUUCAGCAUUGGUAGUUGGCUGCGUAAGCGUUAUGGCAAAUUUCUGGCACCCUACUACAGUCCAGAUUUGGUGCACGCACAGGCAACGGGCGUGCCUCGCACUCAUAUGACCAUGCAAACCGUAUUGGCCAGCUUCUUUCCACCAAAAGGCACGGAUAUGGAGUGGAACAACAAAUAUAAUUGGCAACCCAUACCUGUCUUCUCACAGCAGUUAAAUGAGGAUACGCUAUUGCUUGUGCGUACACCGUGUCCACGUUAUUUUGAGGCUCUGCACGAAGUCUACGAUCUACCGGAAGUCCAAAAGGAAAUUGAACCUUAUCUGGAGAUGUAUAAAGAAUUGGCUGAACUUACUGGACAAGCGUUCAAGGAACCCGAGGAUGUGCAAUCUUUGUAUCUAACUCUAUUGGCCGAACAGGAAUGGGGUCUAGAGCUGCCCGAUUGGACAAAGAAAUAUUUCCCAGAGAAGAUGCAAUUCCUAGCCGAACAGAGUUAUAUCUACAAUGUCUAUACACCGGAAAUGCAAAAGAUCAAGGCCGGACCAUUCCUGAAGAAAAUGUUCGAUGAGAUGGUCGAGAAACGUAACGAGACCUUGAAGCCGGAGAAACGGAAGCUCUUUAUCUAUACGGGUCACGAUACCACAGUGGUUAACAUUCUCUCCGCCCUUAAGGUGUGGGAACGCCAAUUGCCACGCUAUUCGGUGAUGGCUUUAUUCGAAUUGCACAAGAAUCAGACAACUGGCGAUCAUUGGGUGGAAAUCUAUUUCCGUAAUGAUCCAAAGGCACCGGCCCAAAAGCUAACUGUACCGGGCUGUGAGUUCCAAUGUCCAUUGGAUACACUAAUUGAGUUGGCCAAAGAUGUUGUGCCCACUGAGGCAGAUGCCAAGCGUUGCGAUUCAAAGAAUGAAGAAUUUACUGAGCCACCACUUCGUGGACCAUAAGUGACAAGUGGUUAAGUAAACAAAAUUUUACAGGUGCUACACAAACAACAAAAAAAAAAAAAAAAACACAAAAAACAACAAAAAAAUACUCAGGGAGUCUAUUUAGUGUUAGGGGAAAUAUUUUCCUAGACUUAAGCAGAAAUAAAGUUUUAGUGACCAGUUAA